AUGCGUAACGCACUUACUAUCUUGGUUUUAACCUCACUGGUGAUCAGCCUGAAUGUGCAAGGCUCGUUUCUCGAGUUGGAUGAUCUCCGUGAUAUGAUCACCGAUCAAGCGAUCAGAAACGAUUUGCGACGUCUCGAACGCGACAGAAGCGACCCGCGAAGCGCAGUGAAGGAUGAAGUGGAGAAAUUGCUUCAAAAACUCCCCAAGGACGUCCAGGUUACUUCAGUUUUUUAG